AUGCGUUGCUAAGUAACAUUUACUACGCGCUUUUCCGGUUUACGCACGAGUAGCUAACUAAACGCCAGAAAGUUGGAAAAUACGUGAAAUUACUACGGGUUUGUAUUGUCAAGCUGCGGUUAAAGGCAUGACAGCGAUUAACGACGGAGAAUACACGGCUACAAUCUACAAUCAGAUUAAAGAUAGAAAAUAUGUUGAAGCUAUUCACAUCCUGAACGGCCAGCUUCAGAAACACACAAAGUCCAGGGCAGCGCUGUCUCUGCUGGGUUUCUGCUACUUCCACAUCCAGGACUUCAGCAAUGCUGCCGAGUGUUACGAGCAGCUCACCCAACUGCACCCGGAGGUGGAGGAGUACAAACUGUACUACGCCCAGUCGCUGUACAGAGCUGGAGCUUAUCCUGAAGCCACCAAGGCCUCGUUUGCACUGGACAACCCCAACACUCACAUCAAGAUGCUGAAGCUGCAAGCCUGCAUCAAAUACUGCGAGGAAGAUUAUUCUGCUGCCAAGUUACUGUUGGAGCAGCUGCCUCAGGACGAUCCGGACUACAUGUUCAACAUGGGCUGCUUGCUUCAUCAAGAUGGCAAGCAUGAGGAGGCCUGCAGGAACUUUAUGACUGCCAUGCAGGUGCUGGGCUACCUGCCAGCGUUGUCCUACAACAUUGCCCUGAGCUUCUACAGCCUGAAGAACUACCCCCAGGCCCUGAACCACAUCACAGAGAUCAUCGAGCGAGGAAUCAGAGAACAUCCAGAGCUGAGCAUCGGCUUGAAAACUGAAGGCAUCGACGUGCACAGCGUGGGCAACACGCUGGUUCUUCACGAGACGGCUCUGAUCGAAGCCUUCAACCUGAAAGCAGCCAUUGAAUACCAGUUGAAGAACCUGAAAGGAGCUCAGGAGGCCCUGACAGACAUGCCCCCGAGGUCAGAGGAGGAGCUGGACGCCGUGACUCUGCACAACCAGGCUCUAAUGAACAUCGACAUGAAGCCUUCAGAAGGGUUUGAGAAGCUGGCGUUCCUCCUGCAGCUGCCCUCCUUCCCCCGGGUCACCUUUGGUAACCUGCUGCUGCUCUACAGCAAACAUGAGUACUUUGACCUGGCAGCUGAUGUGUUGGCAGAAAACGCUCAUCUGACCAUCAAGUUCCUGUCCCCGUACGUGUACGAGUUUCUGGAUGCCCUGCUGACGUGCCAGACGGCUCCAGAGGAGGCGUUCAGGAAGUUUGAUGAGAUGAGCAGCAGAUUAACAGAGCAGCUCCGCAGGUUGACCAAACAGCUGCAGGAGGCCGGGCUGGCUCGAGACGACGAGGCCCAGAAGAAGGUUCUGCAGGAGUACGACCUGAUCCAAGAGAAGUACAUCACCGUCCUCAUGGCCCAGGCGAAGAUCUAUUGGAAUCGGGAGAACUUCCAGAUGGUGGAGAAGAUCUUCCGUAAAUCGGUGGAGUUCUGCAACAAGGACGACACCUGGAAACUGAACGUGGCCCACGUUCUCUUCAUGCAGAACAAAUACAAGGAGGCCAUCGGGUUCUAUGAGCCCAUUGUCAAGAAGCACUAUGAUAAUAUCCUGAAUGUUAGCGCUGUGGUCCUGGCCAACCUGUGCGUCUCCUACAUCUUGACGAGUCAAAACGAGGAGGCUGAGGAACUGAUGAGGAAGAUUGAGAAGGAAGAGGAAGAGAUCUCCUACAACGACCCGGACAAAAAGGUCUUCCAUCUGUGCAUCGUUAACCUGGUGAUUGGGACGCUGUAUUGUGCCAAAGGAAAUUACGACUUCGGCAUUUCUCGAGUCAUCAAGAGCCUGGAGCCGUACAAUAAGAAGUUGGGGACGGACACGUGGUUCUACGCCAAGCGCUGUUUCCUGUCUCUGCUGGAGAACAUGUCCAAACACAUGAUCAUGUUGCGGGACGCCGUGGUCCAGGAGUGUCUUCAGUUUUUGGAGCACUGUGAGGUUUAUGGAAAGGAGGUCUCGGCCUUCAUCGAGCAGCCCCUGGAGGAGAUCCAGACCCACCAAGGGAGGAACACUGUGACCUACGAGGCUCGGCUGCUCAAGUCCCUGUUCUACGAGGUGACUGGCUGGGACAAGUGAGACUUUUGAGACACAGAGACAAGUUUGUCUCCAGGCAGCUUGUAACAGUAAAA